GGUGGUGAAAGGUUUUACUUCCGGGAAGAUGGCGGCUGCCAGGCAAGGCUGGGCAGGCACGUGGUCGCGGGGAAGGAAUCUUGCGUGACUAGCGAUGCACAGGGAGGCAUGGAAGCUGUAGGAUUCAGUUAAAAUCAAGUUUGGGAAGAAUCACCCAUGUCCAUCAUGAGCGGCUCCCCCCAAAAAAAGACCAGAGGGAUGAAGUUUGCAGAGCAGCAGUUACAGAGACAUGGCUGGAAACAAGGCAAAGGACUAGGGAAGCGAGAGAACGGCAUCUCUGAAGCCAUCAAGGUGAAAGUGAAAUGCGACACAGCUGGGGUGGGUCACGUCCCCUCUGAGCAGUUCACGUUCCAUUGGUGGGAUCACCUCUUCAACAAGUCAGCUGCGAAUAUCUCUGUGGAGGCUGGGCAGGAUGGUGUCCAAAUGAAAAAGCUCUCUGAGCAGGACGGGGAAAUCAGCAACAAGAAACCCCGUAAAGCUCCCAGUGCCACGAGUAUGUUGUACGGCCGCUUUGUGAAGGCAGCUACGCUGACGGCAGGAGGGGAGGAGCCAACAAAGCAGGUUUCCACGUCUGAGAGCAGCGAGGACGAGGAGGAGAAAUUGGACAUGUCGACGGUUAGGAAGCUGACGGAUGAGGAGCUGGUCCAGGCCUGCGGUGGCCGCACUGCGCACAAGGGAGCCCGUCAUGGUCUGACCAUGAGAGCCAAGCUGGCCCGGCUGGAAGAGCAAGAACAAGCCUUCCUGGCGAAGUACAGCCAGGAGGAGCAGAUGGGCAGCACCCCGAUGCAGCAGCAAGAGGCAGCAGUGAACGCCCCGGGCAUGGAAGGCAGCACCCUGGCUGAGGGAAAAGCCAAGAAGAAGAAGAGGAGGAGGAGAUCCAAAGAGAGAGGCAGCUGUGCUGAGGCUGGCGGGAGGCCGGAACCAGCAGGGGAAGAGGAGCAAAGGGCCAGGAAAAGGAAGAAGAAGAAUCGGAGGAGGAGAGAGGAGGGGAGAGAGGAGGAAAGGGCGGAGGAUAGUGAGAAAAGUGAGUUGCUGGACUCGAGGGAGCAGCUGAUGGCGGGAGCAAGGCAGCUGGAGGGCCCACAGGGGGACAGCCCCAGGAAAAGAACCAAAAAGAAGAAAAAGCAGAAGGGGCAUGUGUAGCGAACGAGGGUUUGUACUGUUGGGGGGGUGCUACCCCUCAGGCUUGCUAUGAGCCCGCCACGCUUUCAGCUGCUGCUGCGGGACCUCUCUGCCACUGCCUACCCCUGGAGAUGCACUGCUGCGGCCUCACAGGAGGCGGAUGCUCUGAGGGCUGAUUCGCACAGCGGGUCACUGCCUAGCGAACUAGGAAUAUGCCCAGCAGCCUCCCAGCAACAUGUGUGGACAAACCCUUUGAUCCUGGAUAAGGCAGCGGCACAGAGAGGACACUAAAAAAUACCAGUCGCUGCAUGGGUCACGGCUCCACCUUGCAGGGGAAUCCGCUGUUCUCAAAGAACUCAGUUCUCCAGUCCUUGCCUCGUGAGAAAUCCCCUGGGUCUGUUGCUUCCCACUGAGCCGUCUGUGACAUCGGCAGGGGUUUUGCUGUUCAUAGUGUGGGGCAGGAUUUCAAACCUCCCCGCCCUCCCCUCUGGUGUGAUUGCAGCCUAGGCCAGUUGCACAGGCAUGGCUGGGAGGAGAGGGAGGGAAGGAAGGGCCCCUUCAGAGACAUUUUUAAUGUCAAUAAAUCUUUUAUUGCAGAGAAAAA